CAAAAACUUGUGCAACAUGAAUUCUAUUGAAAAAGAAGAUUUUACCAUUCAAAUUCGGGAUAAAUUACGUAAAGACGGCGUAAAAUUAUGGCUGGCCCCAUAUUACAAUGACACAACGUGCGCGUCAAGUUCAGCAGACAUUGAGCGUAUAUCACAAAAUUACAGUGAGGGUCUAAAUAUACCAAGUGGGGUAUGUAAAGAGAUUAUAGGGCAGCUGCAAGUUGUUGCUAUUGAAAAUUUAAAGCAGAAAAAUGAGUUUGAGAAGUCUGGUAAGGCAACAAUUAAAAUUAAGAUUUUGCAAGCACAAAGCCCUGCUAGAAUCAUAACUAAGGAAAUAUUGCUCAGUAUGAGGGCUAUAGACCUAAAGGAUAUAUUGAGUAAUGAUACCAAUAUAUCUAUGGAUAGAUUAAAAUUAAUAAGUAGCGGUAAAGUACUAAUAGAUGGCGAAUCUCUGGGCUCCCAAAGCGUCAAAAACGGCCAAAAUUUGCUAGCCAUAAUAGUCUCUGAAACUCCAAACGAAGUAUUACAGAAAGAGAAAGAAAUCAAACAGAUUGAAGAUGUUAAAACUGACUCAAGAUUAUUGGCUUUAGAUGAUAACUAUAUGCAGAUUGAAGAUCAAUUUGGUAAUGCCAUAAAAAUUCCAAAAGCGGAAAGAAAGGCUUUAACUGUUGCAAUGGCUUUAAAUGAAAAGGGUAAGGCUGCAUUGAAGAAGGAGGAUUAUUCAAAGGCUUUAAUAUAUUUUUUGGAGGCUGAACAUGAGUUCAAAGUCUGCACCUCGAAAAUUUUAAAUUCCGUCGAUAAUUUCGCACUUCUCGACCUUGACAUCGCAUGGUGCUACUUGUGCUUGCAAAGUUUUACGCAGCUUCCGGAGGCAUAUGUGAGGUUAAAAAGAUGCGAGGAAAAGUUUCACAGCACGUACGGCAACAACAUGGAACGGUUGAUCGCUAUUAAGGGAUCAGCAGGUAACGAGGCCGCUCUGUUCAUGCGUUUGCACCUGCUGCAAGCCAUCGUUUUGUACCACCAAAACAGCCGCGGCGAAGCGCUCAGACUGUUCAGGCAGGCCGAGAACGAGCUGCAAUGCCUGCAAGUGGACGAGACCGGCCUGAUGAGCCUGGUGGAGCUCGGUUUUUCCCCGGCGGAAGCGAGGUUGGGUUUGCGGGUGUCGCGGGGCGACGUGAAUCGCGCCGCCAACUUCGUAAACGAGAACCGCGAGAAGAGGAAGGAGGCGAGGCAGAAGGCCAUGGCCGAUGAGAUCAUGGAGAAGGAGAAGAAGAAGCUGGGGAAGUGCGCGGACGGCAAGCAGUACGUCGAUCCGAAUUUCUUGCGCGUUCUGGUCAACAUGGGGUACAAUCGCGAGAUCGCCAGGAGGGCGCUGCAGAGGUGCAACAACAUCAUAUCGGACAGCGUUCAGUAUAUACAGGAGAACCCUCUACCGGGGCCCAGCGAGACCAAAAGCCAGGAGUUUUUGGCGUACAUUGAAGAGUUAAUGCCUGAACUGGUAGAGGCCGGUUUCGACCCAAGAAUGGCCAGAUUAUCCCUCCAGAACCACUGCGGCGACAUAAUGAAAGCCGCCGAAGAACUCAUAUCAAACAAUGGCGUCGUGCCGGGUGACAUUUCCGCUUUGAACAUGGCGGUGGCCAGCAUCGAAGAAAUACAGAGAAAGCAGGCCGAAAAAAAGGAGGCCUUCAAAAGGCUCAAAGAAGAUAUCGAGAUGGUGGAUGACGAUCACUUGGACUUGACUCUAGUCAGAGAGGAAACUUUCUUGAAGCAAUAUUUGUCUCUUCUCGAAAAAGACCAAUAAAUCGCAUUGUGAUAUUAAUAUGUGCCUUUUUAUAUUAUAAGUGAAAUGUUUAAUAUAUGCGUAUCCAACAAAAAA